UCAGCGGGCGGGCAAAAUGGGUGCCAGCACUACGAAGGCGUCUGCCCUGGCGGCCUGGAGCUACUCACAGCCCAAGUCCGCCCCAGCGGGGAAGCACCGCCUCCUGCUGCCCAGCUAGCUGCCCAGCCUGCCACACAGACCUCCUUCUCCAGCCACCACCCAACGUCCUACUGCUUUGCUAGCAGAGACCAACCCGAGCUUCUCCCAGGUGCGGCUAGGCGGGUACUGCCUAUGAGCCCCAGGCUCCGCCCCUGUGGAACCCGCGCCUCUAGGCCAGGGCUGGGCGGAGCUUCAAGCACAGGACUCGUAAGGCUGCGUCUGAGCACCGGGUUGGACAAGCUGCUGUGCACCCUUGGCGGACGUGAGUGGAAAGAAGAUGGCGGUGCAGGUGGUGCAAGCUGUGCAGGCGGUUCAUCUGGAGUCUGACGCUUUCCUAGUUUGUCUCAACCAUGCUCUGAGCACAGAAAAGGAGGAGGUGAUGGGACUAUGUAUAGGGGAGUUGAAUGAUGACAUAAGGAGUGACUCCAAAUUUACAUAUACUGGAACUGAAGUGCGCAUAGUCCCAGAAAAGAUGGAUACCAUCAGAAUUGUUCAUAUCCAUUCUGUCAUCAUCUUGCGGCGUUCUGACAAGAGAAAGGACCGUGUAGAAAUUUCUCCAGAGCAGCUGUCUGCAGCCUCAACAGAGGCAGAAAGGUUGGCUGAACUAACAGGUCGUCCCAUGAGAGUUGUUGGCUGGUAUCAUUCCCACCCUCAUAUAACUGUUUGGCCUUCACAUGUUGAUGUUCGUACACAAGCCAUGUACCAAAUGAUGGAUCAAGGCUUUGUAGGUCUUAUUUUUUCCUGUUUCAUAGAAGACAAAAACACAAAGACUGGUCGGGUACUCUACACUUGCUUCCAAUCCAUACAAGCCCAAAAGAGCUCAGAGUAUGAGCGAAUUGAAAUCCCAAUCCAUAUUGUACCUCAUAUCACUAUUGGGAAAGUAUGCCUUGAAUCUGCAGUAGAAUUGCCAAAGAUCCUGUGUCAGGAAGAACAGGAUGCAUAUAGAAGGAUUCACAGCCUUACACAUCUGGACUCAGUGACCAAGAUCCAUAAUGGCUCAGUAUUUACCAAGAAUUUGUGCAGUCAGAUGUCAGCAGUCAGUGGGCCUCUACUGCAGUGGUUGGAGGACAGAUUGGAGCAAAACCAGCAGCAUUUGCAAGAGUUGCAACAAGAAAAGGAAAAGCUUAUGGAAGAGCUGUCUUCCCUAGAAUAAAGCAGAACAACAAAAAAAUGUGGUAAUUUUUUUUCAGUUUGUGUGCUGAAUCUGGUCCCAAACUAUACACAACUCCUAUAUAGACAAAUAAUAUAGCAGCACUUUUUAUAUCCCAACAAAUAGUUUGAUGUAUAUAAAAACAGAAGACGUUUUCUUAAAAUUUCCCCUGAGCUUAUAGAAUUCCCCUACUUGUAACUGCUUUAAAAAGAAAACAUGCAGGAUGGCUUAAGCGGAACAUGAAAGGUAUUUUGUAAGGGGCAUAGGAGGUACAUUAGCAAGGAAUAUCUGGGAAUAAAAUGUCUGAAAAGUUUACUUUGUUUUAAAAAUAUUAUAUAUAUUUGAACUAGAGUAUCAAUGUGUAUCCCUAGCUAUCCUGGAACUCACUAUGUAUACCUCACUAAACUGCCCCACUAAGUUGCCCCCAAACUCAUAGAGAUCUACCUGCCUCUGACUCUGUAGUGCUGGGAUUAAAGAUAUAAAAACACCCAGCAUAAACUUUUUUUUGCGACAGUGUCUUAUAAUAUAGCCUAACUGGUUUGGAACUUACAGAAAUCUACUUUCCUCUGUUUCCCAAAUGGUGGAGCUAAAGAUGUGUAACAGUAAUAUAAACUUCUUAGAAUGUGAGGUCUUUGUUUUUAUUUUCAGAUAUAGCCAUCCUAUAUAAUAUGAUAAAGGAAGAAUAGCACUUGGUAUUUCUAUUUAAUGGCUUGAUGUUUCUGCUAUGCAAAUGAAUCCUAAGUACUAUAGAAUUAAUGGAAAAACAUGCAGGUAGCUCAUCAUCACCCACCUCUGUUAAUUAUACUCACUUAAAAUCGUGUAUCAUUACUUCCUUCUUGAUCUGUAAACAUGUAUCAUGAUAUAUCUAAAUGUGAUUCCGUGCGCAUGCCCUUUUAAGCAAACAAGUGAGUUCUAACUUAUUUGAAUCUAAAGCAAAUUCUUACUGAUCUUAAGAAUUGAAUUAUAAUAUAACCAUGAUUUUUGUUAGCAAUAUUAGGAUUUAGGUUGUAAUAGAAAUCAUGCUUUAAAAAAUGUGAUGAUCAUAGCAUUCAUAUGUAGCCACUAAUUCUAAAUGUGUCUUCAGAAAAAGAGUUGAGCCUGUUGCAUCCUGAGAACUAAAGUGGGAACUGGAAAAAGAGUGAAAAGAAAGAAAACAGAUAGUAAUAGUCCCAACCACAGUGAUAAUUGGGAUUUUGGCUAAUUGAGGCUAGAACCUAAAACUCUACAUGACUUACAUAGUUGAUUCAAGGGCAUACUUACAUUUGAAAACAAAUAUUCUUAGGGCAUAUGGAAUGUAAAUGUUGUAUUUUCUUUAAUUUUCUCUCACCACAAUUAUUAUUUAUUUAUUUUAUUUUUUAUAGGUCAGAUGAAAAUACCUGGCAUACAGUUUAUUAAACUAAAUCAAUUUUGAAAAAGAUAAAAUUGGAGGGCCUACAUUAUAUAACUUCAAGAUUUAUUAUAAACCUACAGUAAUCAAGAUACUAUAUUUGCAGAAAAAUCAAUGCAACAGGAAAGAAAAUUCAGAAAUAAGCCCAUAAUAAUAUGCUUAACUAAUUUUGAAAAAGUACAAAUGUGAUUCAAGGAAGAAAAGACAGUCAUUUCAACAAAUUGAACCGCCACAAGCCAACAAAAUAUAUUCUAAAAGUACCUCCAAAUGUAUCAUGGAUUUAAAUGUUCUAUGGAAAAUAGAAAAAAUUAUUCAAGAAAAAUUUUCAGGAGUUAAGUACUUAAUAUUCAACUCAAGCACAAUUUCACAAAAUAAAAACUCUAUUCUGCAAAAAUAUUAAAAGGAAACCAUGUAAUAUCUGAUCAGUGAAAAAAUAUGCUUAAAACUCAAAAAUAAAUACCAGUAGAAAAUGAAAAAAGACAUAAACAUUGUCACUACAGGGGUUUAUAUAGAUGGCAAGUAAUUAUGUGAGUAUAUAUUGAAUCUCAUGUCAUUGAGGAAUGCAACUUAAAACUACAACAUGGUAUGACAUAUACUUAUCAGGACUGCUAUAGAAAAAAUGCUGAAAAUACCAAAUACUAUUGAGGAUGCCAUCUAGAUUUCUUAUACACUAAUGACAGGAAUGUAAAAAUACAGCUACUGGGCAGAAGAGUUUAGAAUUUUGUUGUUGUUGUUUUCGAAACAGUGUUUCUCUAUAUAGCUCUGGCUGUCCUGGAACUCACUCUGUAGACCAGGCUGGCCUCGAACUCAGAAAUCCGCCUGCCUCUGCCUCCCAAGUGCUGGGAUUAAAGGCAUGCACCAUCACCGGCCGGCCUGGAAUUUUUUUUUAAAGUUAGACAUACACUUAACAUAACCCAGUGUCAUACUGUCUUCACACAAAAACUUUUACAAAAUUUUUCUUAGCAGCUUUAUCUGUGAUAGCUGCAAAUUAGAAACAACCCAAAUAAUUCUGCAGUGAGUAAGUGGUUCAACAAACCAUUCUUACUAUGGACUACUACUAUGUAGUGGGAAGGAACAUAUGCUAAUAUGAUGAGCCUUGUACAAUUAUAGUAAAUGAAAAAAUGCUAGUCUUAAAAGAUCACUUACUGUAUGGUUGUAUUUCUAGAGCAUUGUUUAAAUGUCAGGAUUAAUGACAAAACCAAAUUAAUGAUUUUUAGAGUCAGGGAAUAGACAUUGUAUAGCAUAUGUAUUCUUACUGCAGUGUGACAUAAAAGUUAAUUUAGGCUGAUGAAACAGUUUUGUACCUUAAAUUUAGUGUUUAAUAUAUGUCUGUUCCUGUGCUAACAUUUUAUAGAUUUAUAUACAUACAAAUUAAUAUAUUUAGAAAUCUAGGAGUAGGAAGUAAGGUUCCAAUUUAUGAAAUGAUUAGAGUAAUGUAUGAGCCAUAUGUAGUGUCACAUGCCUACAAUCCCAGUGCUCAGGAGGCUGAGGUAGGAAAAUUUCAAAUUUAGAGCCAUUCUGAGCUAUAUAGCUCCCAGCUGGUUGGGGUACAGUGGGAGACAAAGCUUCAGGAAAAGGCAGGGAGGGUAGGUGAUAAAAAGAAAACCUGGGGUUGGGGAUAAAAUGAUUUGAAUAUUCUUAUAGGCCAACUAUGAACACAAGUCUGUGCUUCACUUUCAUGAAUAAAAUGAGAUUAUAGUAGAUGACCAUCAAGUACUUUUAGGUCAGUGUUCAUAUUUUUAAAAUAUUAAUCAUCAGAAAGAACAGUGGCAUGAAUGAAAUGUGAUUAUUUUCCUAGUUAUACCUUUACACAAAAUAUUGUAUUCCAACAUAACAACCUUGUAUUUGUUUAAAUGGAUAUGUUCUCCAUCUGGUUUUUUUUUUUUUUUAAUGUCUUCAAGGCUUUCUCUUUUUUUAAGAUUUAUUUAUUUAUUUAUUUAUUUAUUUAUUUGGGUACACUGUAGCUGUACUGAUGAUUGUGUACCUUCAUAUGGUUGUUUGGAAUUGAAUUUUUAGGACCUCUGCUUGCUUCAUUCAUAUGAGCCACCAUGUGGUUGCUGGGAUUUGAACUCAGGACCUUUGGAGGAGCAGCCAGUGCUCUUACCCCCUGAGCCAUCUUGCCAGCCUCCUCCAUCUGUUUUUUUAAAACCUUUUUGAGAUGAGGCCCCACUCAACAGCCCAGGCUGGCCCCAAUCUAGCAGUUCUCUUGCCUCUACCUCCUAAGUGGUAAUAUUACAGGCAUACAACACCUUGCCUGGCUGAUUCCUUAUUUUCUAUACAUAGAAACUGCAUCUGACCUUAUCUCCACUAUUUUUAAAGCCUUAGUCAAUGAUGAUGUCCAUUAGUCAAACUCAUUUGUUUUUGAAAACUCAUUAGUAAACCUCUAGCUUUACUAUUUUUAUUAAUAAACACUGGCUUGAUACUUUCAUCAUUCUUCCAAAUCUACCACUUUUGGUCUUUGUUAUCAUAUACUUAUUAUUUCCUAUUCCGAGGCUGUCACUUGCAAAAUUCAUUCAUAAGCCUCUCUAUGCAGUUACAGACAAAUCCAUUUCUCUAUAUACCAUUAUCUGAACUCCAGACUUACAUUUCGAGCUACCCAUUAUUUGUUUCUACUAGGUAGUCUUAUUGCUACAUUGAAUUUGAUAAAUCUAAAUCUGAACAUGUUUUUGGCCUAAUCUAUAUUCUCUUAAAUUUCUUACCUCAGUGAAGAAAGCAAGCAUCCAUAUGCAAAAACUGGAAUCUAGACAGGCAACCCUAACAUCUCUUACCGUUUACACUUUGCCUUGAGUUACAGCAGUUUGACAUUUUUUUUGUAAUCUAAUCAGAGUUGCAAUAUGAAGAAUAGGUAUGUGUGAGGAGGAAUGGGCAGGUGGGGUAUCAAGAUUCCCACUCAUUGGGAUUACUUCAUGAAGACAUGAGUUUUUAGCCUUGCAACAGCAGAGCAGAAAUAAGAUCUAGUGAAAGUUGUCCUGUGUCAGUACCCUCAAAAUCAGAAUGAAGAGGAGAAGGUAAUCUCUUACACUAAAUUAAAUGACUGAGCAAAUAAUUAUGUUUUGAGGAAAAUUGAAGUUAGUUUUUUCAUACUUGAAACAUUAUUUACAGAUAUAAAAAAAGGAAGUAAAAAGUUAUUCCCCGGGAUGAUAAAUAGAAAAAGUUGAUAUCAUUUUAAAAGGGAGUUACAUGUUAUAUAUAUACUAAGAGAAUAAGUAUGUCUGUAUACUUCCACUUUUUACCUCUACCCAUUAAGAGAGAAUAGAAAUGGUAGCUCAGUAGCUAAUGAGCACACCUGGCACCAAGAGGCUGGACUUCAAAUAGUAUUUUCCACUAAUACUGAAUAGAAUUCAGUCCAGAAAUGAAUGCAUAUGUAUAUGAUGAACUGAUUUUUAACAAAAACACCAAGACUAUUUGAAAGGGGAAAUAUAGUCUUUUCAACAGCUGAUGAUUUCACAACUAAAUAUCUAUACAGAAUAAUGAAGCUGGACCUCUGCCCCACAUCAUGUAUGAAUGUUAACUAAAAAUGUAUGUAUCAAAUAUUUAAAUGUAGGAACUUGUAACUAUUAAAAUAUUAAAACAACA